AGACUCGCGCCUUCCUCUCAGACUGGCGCCUUUCUCAGACUCGCGCCUUUCUCGGCAGCUCGCGCCGCCUUUCUCGGCAGCUCGCGCCGCUUUCUCGGCAACUGGCACCUCUUCGGCAGCUCGCACAGCCGUUCUCGGCAGUUUGCGCCUCACUCCCUUCAGCCUUCUUUUUCCCACGGUCUUCUAGUUGCCUACAAACUGCGGAGGCACCAGUAGCUAAGGCUGCUACCUAACUCUCAACCAUGGCUUCAAACGAAGAUUUCUACGUCACACAAGACUCGGAGGUCCCGGUAGAUCUCAAGGACAUCAAUGUGGAGCCCCUUCCUAUGGAGGACAUUCCGAUGGAAAGCAUUCAGUACGAGGAUCUUGCUGGCAGUUGGGUCCACGGUGGCCACAACCACCCGCCUCUGCUCACGGUGCAGCCGCUCUUCGGGAACAUGGGCUAUGGCGACCACGACCAGGAAAUGAUCAUGGUGCAGACACAAGAGGAGGUGGUGAACUACUGCAGUUCAGGCGGCGUGCCAGGCAAUGAUUCCGAGGACCAGUUGGUCAUGCCGGAUAGCAGUGAAGAUGAGCACUUCCAGCAGACCCUGGCCUCUCUGGCAGCCUCGGCGGCAUCGACAUCAACACAGAGCCGCAGCAGAAAGCGCAGCAGAAAGCCCAGCCAAAAGGCCAGCAACAGCGGUGCCACCAGCACUGAGGCCAAGCCGGCAGACAGCAGCCCCAACGAGGGCAACAAGAAGUGGGGGCAGAAGCAAAUGCAGAUCACAACGCUCGGGGGUGAGUUUUCCGUGACUAUGUGGUCCCCUAGUGAUAACAAUGACAAAGGGAGAGUGGGUGAAGGCCGGGCUGAUAACUCACCUGAUUAUUCCGAGUACUUGAAAGGGAAAAAACUUCCUCCUGAAGGAUUACCAGGAAUCGAUCUCUCAGAUCCCAAACAGCUGGCAGAAUUUACUAAAAUGAAGCCCAAAAGGUCCAAAGAAGAACCUCCCAAAACAGUCCCUUGCGCUCAUAUUGGCUGCGAAAAGAUGUUCAGGGAUUACGGCGCCAUGAGGAAACAUCUCCACAUCCACGGGCCCAGAGUCCACGUAUGUGCAGAAUGUGGCAAAGCUUUUAUUGAGAGCUCAAAGCUGAAACGACAUCAGCUGGUUCACACGGGCGAGAAACCCUUUCAGUGCACGUUCGAAGGUUGCGGGAAACGCUUUUCCCUUGAUUUCAAUUUGCGCACCCAUGUGCGCAUCCACACCGGCGACAAGCCCUUCGUGUGCCCUUUCGAUAUUUGCAAUAGGAGAUUCGCCCAGUCGACCAACCUGAAAACGCAUAUGUUAACGCAUGUGAAGAACAAAAACAGCCAGUGAAAAGGAGAAGACCUCUCUCAGACUUGGGAAUCAUCUUCCAGGCUUCCAGGACUGUGGUAGGGAAUAAAUAUGCCUCUCCAAGCUUUAUAUGUUUUUCUAAGAGUUUUAAAAAAUGAAUGCUACACAUCUAAGGUUUGUGUUUUCUUAGAGUAGUAAAAUGCAAUCUAAAAGUUUUUAAAAAAGUAAAC